AUGCAUACGAGGCGUUUGGUGAAGCGUUCAAUCCUGGGGAGCCGGGUGUAUGCGCCGAGUCCGACAGGGGACGGGGCUCCGUUGACAGGAGUUGUACAGGCUGUCAAGCAGGAAAACAGAGAUGUUUCAACCGGACCUCGGCGUAACGUCUACACGUUACUAAUGCAAGACGGAAGCCUGAAAGAAUUCUCCGAGGACGAGAUAGCCGUGGGCUUCAACCAAACGACGGCGAAAGGACCGCUCAAGUCGAGCAUGAAGGUGUGUGUGACUGUUUGUUUGUUUGUGUGUGUGGCCGGGAAGCCUGCUGUUGUUGAGCGGCGGUGUUUUGCAGCGUUUAACCGCUUCGUGCACAGACGGAGCGAGAGCGUGUUAUUGCAUCCAUUGCCCGCCGCUGCAACCGGCGAUUACAAACGAUGUUAAUGAUAGGCAGACAGUCACACACCCAGAAUAAUCCAGAUGAGAUUUCUGUUCCGGUGCAGAACUGCAGAUUGAAUAAUAACAAUGGACUGUCAACAUAUUUAGCAUUAAAUACAGGACAAAGGGGUUCCCAUUGAAUGAUUGAUUAUGAUAGGGCCCUAGAUGCGCAGUGUUUUUCUGACCGAAUGACUGUAGAUUUGACCUAGUGGGGUAGGUAGCCGAGGCAAACACGCUCUGCAGCAUUUUGGACCGAUCAUUGAUGUAAUAAACCGUCCCAGAUUGUACACAAUGUAUCAGUCGCAUAUGACAUUGGCAAUUCAUGCAUAUUAACCCGUCAUUGCAUUGAAAUAUGUCAAAUUAUAAUGUAUGAAUUUAUGUAAUAACAGUAGUUGCAUUUAUUUUAUUGUGUAGGGGAGUGAGCAGUAUGUAAUCAUUAGCUGGCUAUUUGUUUCAUUCAUGUCACAUUGUGUCCUUCUUGCUGCAACUGAAAACUGUUGACUUUUAGUCUAAAUAACUAGCAUAGAAUAGUAGAUGUCAUUAUUAUGCCACACUGGGUGGUACAUUGUAUUCCUAAAUAUAAAUAUGUAUUCCUUCCUGUUAUGAGUGACCUAAUUGCCUGCCUUUAAAAGUUCCAGCUUGAUGGUGUCACAUGGUUUCACAACAAAGAUGGUCUGGUGAGGCUGCCUGCCUGGUGGUCCCUUAUAAAAACAGCUCCUAUGAUGAGAGGGGAAUGCAUGUGACUGUGUUGGAUAACAUAGCCUAUAAAUACGUAUUGGGGGUUUGAUCCAAGCAAUGGGGUCAUAGUUCAGUGACACGAAUGCAAAACAGGCAUAUGGAAACAUCUUCAUAAAUGCAUGACAGAAAUGCAAGAUGUCAUAGCGCAGGUAUUCAUAUGCACAACCACAUUUUAUAAACAAGCCCAUUCCAUUAUGUAUACAUUUACAUUUACAUUUUAGUCAUUUAGCAGACGCUCUUAUCCAGAGUGCAUACAUUAUUUUUUGUAUUUUUCAUACUGGCCCCCAUGGGAAUCAAACCCACAACCCUAGCGUUGCAAACGCCAUGCUCUACCAACCGAGCUACAUCCCUGCCGGCCAUUCCCUCCCCUACCCUGGACGACGCUGGGCCAAUUGUGCGCCGCCCCAUGGGUCUCCCGGUCGCGGCCGGCUACGACAGAGCCUGGAUUCGAACCAGGAUCUCUAGUGGCACAGCUAUACUGUAUAGUCAGAAUGUAACUACUGGUCAAAUACAGUUCCAUAUAGAGCAAUGUAAGUAGUAUGCUUGCAUAAAGGCACGACAGAAAUGCAAGACCUCAUAGCCAGCGCCUCCUAGCAACCACAUUUUAUAAACAAGCCAUAAUUUCCAUUUAUAGUCAGAAUGUAAUAAUUUUUAAAGGAAUAACGUUCUAACAGAAUGGUAGCUUCCCUCAGCACAGCUCAAUCUUCUAAAAGUUGAAAGACAAGACGUGGAUAGAAUCAGGGGACGGAGGAGAGUAGGGGUCAGAGGGUGGCAGGAGGAGAAGAGGGAGUAGAGGAAGGGUGUGAGAGUUGUUUAACUGAAGAGGGUCACAUCUCCCAGCAAGCAGUUGCUGUAGCAGCCGUAGUAACAAAGCAUGGCUUGGAGAGAGAAGGACACCGCUUGGAGAGAAGUGCAUGGCUUGGAGAAGAAUCUGGAGCUCUGGCAAGGUGCCCAGAAUGCCAAAUGAGCACCAUUUUCUUUAGAGGAAGAAGGAGUGGAUGGAGGGAAGGAAGGAGGAGUGGAUGGAGAGGGAAGAGGGUGAUGGAGGUGGGAGAAUGCCACUUGUUGUUGUAAAGGAAGGAGGUGUAGCAUUGACCGACUGACUGCCAUUAAAGGUGGCUCCCUCACAGACAAAGGCAUGUGUUGUUGUUGUUUUCAGUUGAUUGACAUCAGACAGACCCUAACUGAAGCUAACUGGCUGACUCUUUGUUCAUCAGCACAUUGCUCCUCAUGCUCCGACCAACCGACCGACCGACCACAGGUUGGCGUGCGCUCUGCCAAAAUCAUUCACCAUGCAGUGUAGCCAAGGCAAGGCCUCCCCUUGCUUUGAGGGAAGGAUAAUGGAUCCUGCGGUCAGAGGCCUGUGUUGGUGAAUGGAGAAGCACUAAUCAGUAUCCUGACUGUUGCAUUUGGGUGUCGUAAGCCAGUGAUGUGACGGUUCAGAGAAUGAGAUCAAAAUGGUUAACUAGGCUACAUCACCAGACACAUGGAGUGUUUUUAAACCAAUCAAUUACUGUACUCCUGAUCUCCUCUUGUUUUGUGUGUAGUCUACUAUGUAGCAAUACAUAUCAUUGGAAGUUAAACUUUAAUAACAUUGCAUGUAUAUCUUACUACAAUAAUAUUGGAUGCUCUGGCUGGCUAUGUAAGCAAGUCUUUUUUCUUUACCCUGGAGCGAAGCCCUCCCCAUUAGGUAAAUUCACAUCCUUGUAUGUACAUAUAACCUGUAAUCCAGGUAAAUCUCCUGAAUUCUACAAAUAUAUAGCUUUUUCAAUAAUAUUUAAAUGUUUAAUAGCACUGUAUAGGCUAGGCAUAUUUGUUGAACAUUUAAUCUGAAUACAUUUGAUAAAAUAUAUCCUAAUCUCUUUGUGAACAAUACAUCACAUGAGUUGAACACAAAUACCAUUAGGAUGAAACCAAGUAUACCAUGACUCCUGAGCUAUUGACAAUUUAUGAUGCAUGGAAACUUCUUUACCUUUGGCCUACUAGAGGUGAAAAACCUAAUGCCUAAAGCAAGAAAAUUAUUUUGUGUGUGUGGUGUGUACAGCAUGGUAGCUUGUUAAACGCCUUACAUUAUUAAUCUCCUGAAUUUAGGAGCUGCGAGACAGUUACCCCACAUUGAAUACUCUUAAGACGCGUGCAACUCAACUUACAUUUUAUGGCCGAUUUGGCUAGCUCUGCAAUUUCCUGCCAUGCAUGAAAUAUCAUCAUUCAUAUGGCUGUGAAAGGAAGUGAUGGAGAUUGGUUUCGUUAUAGUCAAAUAACUGGUCUGGGUAAAAGUUAAUCUUUCUCUUAGUUCAGAUAAUCCAUCUUGUUGUUUUACUCAAGUCCUGUUUUCAGAAAGUCUUUCUCGCCCGUUAAAUGUUUGCUCAGCCAGGUUUUUAUAGAUAAUAAUCCAUCUUUUACCUCAUUAAUCUAAGUAAACUGGAAAACUGUUUAAAGCUGUGUGUGUGACUGUGUAGCCUGUAGUUUUCUCUCCAGUUGAGAGCUAACCAUGUUCCAGUGCGUUUUGGAGAUGAUCUCAAUCCCACUGUAAGGGUGUUGGGCAUAUUGUCCUUCAACGCUCCGCUGGUGCACUUAGCCAUGUGGAUCUCCCUCUCUUCCUGGCCUGGAUCUGCCCUUUCCACUGUGUGCGUCUGGUGUGUGUGUUCAGCGUGCACGUCUGGUGGUUGAUGUCUUUAUUUAGGGUGCCCCAAAAAAAGUGUGCACGGCAUGGCUCACACGCUAUCUGUUGCGUGCCGAGUCGUUUUGUGUGUGCGUGUGUGUGUAUGCUGCUUCGUGUGGCGCCUCACAUUAUUGUUGCAAUGGGUAGUGGUUUCCAGAAUGUCAGGGGAGAUGCUUGCUUGUGCAAAAGGGAAUGGCUGUCAUCACCACCGGAGCACUGCAGCAACAAGAGCAACCACCUUCAGGGGCUUUCUCACACAAACAAAGAGAGUCCAGACUUUCACAUAUUUGAAAGUCAAACACCCUUCAGUGGUAGCAUACAUCUUGUUGGUGUUAGCUAGCAGCACUAGCAAACUGGCUGUACAUGUGAGUAUUGGCUAGAAUGACUUUGUGGACACCCCACAGGUAAUGCUGUCCCAAAUGGCACAUAUGCUACUAAUACGCCUAUAUCCAAUAAAAAGGAAAGACUGGAAGGCAAACAUGUGGUGCGAUUUCGCAUCUUUAUUCUAUUUCCAGAUACAAAUCCUCUUACAUUUUUGCCUCCCAUAGUCCCAGUCUUUACUCUUCUAUAUUGAUCCAGUCAUAUCUGUCCUCUGCAGCAGAGCUCCUGUAACGGCCGGGGGGAUGGGACUCCACACCAGGCCCAGACCAUGGCGGUCCAGAACGGGGAGGCCAACUCCCUGAGCCCAGAUGCGGUGGAGGGGGAGCGGGCAGUGGACGGCAGGAGGACGGGGCGCACCUUGGAGGGUCCUGAGAGGGACCACACCCGCUCUGUCUCCCUGCUGGAGCAGAAACGCAAGGUGGUGUCAUCCAGCAUCGAUGUGCCCCACGCUAGGUAA